ACGCAGUAAAGCAGGCGAGCGAGCACUUCCGCUCUGAUACGCGCACUGAUCUUGGGUGACUGUGUUAGACCACCAACCAACCAAUACACAACAAACAGCAGAGAGGAAACUAGGAAGCAGAGUAAAGAGGACUCUCUUCCAUCUAACAUUUCUAGAAGUUCCGGCCGACUCAAGGGUGCUGAGCCCUCAUAUCCAUCAGCAACAUGGGAGAACUCUUCAGAAGUGAAGAGAUGACCCUGGCGCAGCUCUUCCUCCAGUCGGAAGCUGCUUACUGCUGUGUCAGUGAGCUGGGAGAGAUCGGGAUGGUGCAGUUUCGCGAUCUAAAUCCGGAUGUGAACGUGUUCCAGCGGAAGUUUGUCAACGAAGUGCGGCGAUGUGAGGAGAUGGAUCGCAAACUGAGGUUUGUGGAAAAAGAAAUUAAGAAGGCCAACAUCCCGAUAAUUGACACCGGAGAAAACCCUGAAGUCCCCUUUCCGAGGGACAUGAUCGACCUCGAGGCCACUUUCGAGAAGCUCGAGAACGAACUGAAGGAAAUAAAUACAAACCAAGAGGCCCUGAAGAAGAACUUCCUGGAGCUGACCGAGCUCAAGCACAUUCUGCGGCGCACGCAACAAUUUUUUGACGAGAUGGAAGAUCCCAGUUUACUCGAGGAGUCGUCGAUUCUCCUGGAGCCCAACGAUCCACACAGAGCCCCGCUCAGACUGGGGUUUGUAGCUGGAGUCAUCGGCAGGGAACGUAUUCCCACAUUUGAGAGGAUGCUGUGGAGAGUUUGCAGAGGAAACGUGUUCCUGAGGCAGGCAGAUAUUGAAGAUUCUCUGGAGGACCCAACUACGGGCGACCAGGUCCACAAGUCUGUCUUCAUCAUAUUCUUCCAGGGAGACCAGCUCAAGAACAGAGUCAAGAAAAUCUGCGAGGGAUUCAGAGCAACACUGUACCCGUGCCCAGAAACGCCCCAGGAGAGGAAAGAGAUGCUGGCGGGAGUGAACGCUCGCAUCGACGACCUGCAAAUGGUGCUGAACCAGACCGAGGACCACAGGCAGAGGGUCCUGCAGGCCGCGGCGAAGACGGUCAGAGUUUGGUUCAUCAAGGUGAGGAAGAUGAAGGCCAUCUACCACACCCUCAACCUCUGCAACAUCGACGUCACGCAGAAGUGUCUGAUCGCGGAGGUGUGGUGCCCCGUCUCCGACCUGGACUCCAUCCAGUUCGCACUACGCAGGGGGACGGAGAAGAGCGGCUCCACUGUUCCCUCCAUCCUCAACAGGAUGCAAACCAAACAGACCCCACCCACCUACAACAAGACAAACAAGUUCACCUCAGGUUUCCAGAACAUCGUGGAUGCUUAUGGAAUUGGCAGCUACCGUGAGAUUAACCCAGCACCAUACACCAUCAUCACCUUCCCCUUCCUGUUCGCCGUCAUGUUCGGCGACCUGGGCCACGGGACGCUCAUGACCUGCGCUGCUCUGUACCUCGUGUUGAGAGAGAGCAGACUGAUGGCCCAGAAGAACGACAACGAGAUGUUCAGCAUGGUGUUUGCGGGGCGCUACAUCAUCCUACUGAUGGGAAUCUUCUCAAUGUACACUGGCAUUAUUUACAACGACUGCUUCUCGAAGUCCUUAAAUGUGUUUGGCUCUGGAUGGAGCGUCAAGCCCAUGUUCAUGCGUCAGAGAGGAGGCAACUGGACGUUUGACACACUUGAAGGCAAUGCGGUUCUGCAGUUGGACCCAGUUAUAGACGGAGUUUUCAACGGACCUUACCCCAUAGGGAUCGACCCAAUAUGGAGCAUUUCCACCAACAAGUUGACAUUCUUGAACUCCUUUAAAAUGAAGAUGUCUGUUAUCCUGGGAGUCAUCCACAUGACUUUUGGAGUCACUCUCAGUCUCUUCAACCACCUGUAUUUCAAGAAGCCGUUGAAUAUCUACCUGGGUUUCAUCCCAGAGAUUGUCUUCAUGACCAGUCUGUUCGGCUACCUGGUCAUCCUUAUCUUCUAUAAGUGGGUCUCAUAUGAUGCGCGCAUCUCCAAGGACGCCCCCAGUCUGCUCAUCGCCUUUAUCAACAUGUUCCUCUUCAACUACGACGACCCCAGUAACAAACCUCUUUACAGAGGACAGAUGGUCCUGCAGUCAUUCCUGGUGGUGAUCGCCUUGGCAUGUGUUCCCUGUAUGUUAAUAGUAAAAACCCUGAUUCUGCGGAGACAGUAUUUGUGGCGGAAAAAUCUGGGUACACAGAACUUUGGAGGGAUCAGGGUGGGGAAUGGGCCCACAGAGGAUGAGGCUGAAAUCAUCCAGCAUGACCAGCUGUCGCAGCACUCUGAGGAGGAACCUGAGCGUUGCCUUUUGUCACCUGCUUUCAAGGCCAGUGAGGAGGAAGAGUUUAACUUCGGGGACGUCGCGGUGCAUCAGGCAAUUCACACCAUAGAGUACUGCUUGGGCUGUAUCUCCAACACGGCGUCCUACCUGAGGCUUUGGGCUCUCAGUCUGGCUCAUGCUCAGCUCUCAGAGGUGCUGUGGACCAUGGUGAUGCGCAUUGGUCUUUCUUCUCGCGGCCUGGGCGGCUUCAUCCUUCUGGCCAUAGUCUUUUACUUCUUCGCUGUGCUCACGGUCGCCAUCCUGCUCAUCAUGGAGGGUCUGUCAGCCUUCCUGCACGCACUGCGACUGCACUGGGUGGAGUUCCAAAACAAGUUUUACACAGGCCAGGGCUUCAAGUUCCUCCCUUUCACCUUCGACAGUAUCCUAGACGGGAGAUUCGAGGACUAAGAACUACUCUCCUUCUUAAUGUCUCUCUACUUUUGAUAAUGUGUGUGGUGGUAAAUAGUGAUUUUUGUGUGACACAGUUUUCUCUUAUCCCACUCAUCAUCGUGCGAGACUGCCAUUGGUUUUAAACUUAACAUCAUUUUUAUAAUUUGUUUCUCUGAAACAUCUGCAGUACUCAUUCAGUCAUUCCCCUCAUAGCCUUGACCGUAAUCAGUUGUGAUGUCCUUUUAUGUUAACUGUGUUUUAUUUAGUUUAAUAUUAUUUAUGCAAUUCUUCCUUUAUAAAUCCUACAUUUUUCCUUUGUUGGAGUGUUGCACUGUAAAUCACAAACAAGGUAUGUUGAUGGAGUGACAGUGUUUUCCUCUUUUGUGCAUGUCUUCUCCACACUGAUGUAUUCCCUCUUCCAUUGCCUCUGUAUUUGCUUUUCUUUUUUUUUUUGCAGUUAACACCUUCUGUGUAAAACAGCGUGUCUGUUCGAUGUCAACAACAUACACCCACUUCGUAUACUGACCUCACACACAGACACACAGAGCGAUAAAGCUCCAAAGGGAAUACAGCUUACCUUGCAUCAGGAUGUCAGCCUUUUCUUCGACAAUGAGGAUGUAGUGACUAAACAUGAUCCUGUAUUAUGCUCCAGCAUUGCCUUGGAUACCCUGCGUGUUUAUUUGUCUGUUCUCUAGUGAUCUACAUGAAGAAAAAGAAGGGGAAUCUAUAUGUGGAAGGAGGUGAAUGUUCUGUAGCAAUGUGACACACUGAAAUUAUGUGACAGUAUCAGCCUUGCUUUUGAUUUUGGUUCCUGAUGUGAUUUAUGUUAAAAUGUUGUCCUCACACAGAAGGGAGCAAGAAUGGCAUACAGCAGGCCUGUUCAGGUAGAAUUACUUUGUCAGAUGUGGUCGAGCACCUGCAUUAAUUGUGCGUCGCUUUGACAAUAAAGUGGAAAAGAACUGGUUAAA